CAUAUGCGAUAGUGCCGGGAAACUCCAUAUUCGCAUUCGAUACAUAAAUCCGCAUUAAAAACAAGUGUCUAGACAAUGUCUAGCCGUACGUUAAAAGAUUGGGAUAAUAUAGCGAAUAGUCUUACCAACGACGAAGCGCCCGAAGGGGAAGAUGAAGAGAUGGAUACGCUUGAAGCGUUGCAGGAGAAAAUGAGCAAAGUGCCUCGCGGAAUGUUCGUCAGCGGAUGGGAUGAUCCGGAUGAUUUGAUCGAAGAGGAUAACGAUCCAACAGCCACCCUCGAAAGGUACGCCCUGUGGGCUGCUGGUGAGAACAAACAAGAGAUCCUGGAAGAUAUUGUCAAACGAAAGCCAUCGGUCGUGCACGCAAUCGAUAGCGAUGGGUACACGGUGCUACACAAAGCGUGCUACAAUGAUAAUCCUACGAUGGCUAAGCUGCUUCUUCGAUAUGGGGCGGAUCCAAAUGCACGUACCGCGAUGGGGUGGACACCAUUACAUUCUGCGUGCAAAUGGAACAAUGCGGGAUGCGCCGCUUUGAUGCUACAGCACGGAGCUGAUGUGAACGCUCGCUCGGACGGUGAUCAAACGCCGUUGCAUAUCACGGUGACCGUAUCGAAUUGUCGAUCAACCCUAAUCACGCUUUUGAUGAACGAGGAGUGCGAUCCGGAGAGUAGAAACAAUUCGGAUGAAACGGCAGAAAAGAUAGCGAAACGUAGUGGAGAAUCGUACACACUAUUUGAAAUGGCUUACUCUGCUUUCAAAGUGGAGACGGGAAUGAUUGAUUAGGAGAUGAGAUAACAGGAAGUACUGUGGAUUUUUGAAUACUUCGAGUUGAGGUGUCUAGUCACUUCAUUGUUCGAUGCCUUCAUCCAUUAUCUUGGUUCAAGUUCAUUAAAUCGUAAUUUAUGUGAUAUUAUAAAGAUCCAAUAAAACACAAAAUCCUACCUUCUUAAUAAUUUAUUGUAUUAG